AUGAAGCAGCUCCGAGCGCCCGGGGCGCUAUGGGGCCUGGCCCUGAUGCUGUGGCAGGUGGGCCCGGGGGCGCGGGCGAUGGACCCGGUCACCGUGGGCAUCGCCUUGGCCGGCACCGCCUCGGCCCUCACCGGCCUCAUCUCCCUCCCGAGGCUGUAUUGCUACUUUGCUGAAUGCUGCGUGGAAAGGCCGGUGGCGCAGGUCGGGAAAGAUCUUAAGGACAAUUUGGAGAAAAAAGUCUUCGGACAACAUCUUGUGUCAGAGGUGAUAGUGAAAGCCGUGACCGGGUUUUUGAGAAACCCAAAUCCGAAGAAACCCCUGGCCCUCUCUUUGCACGGAUGGACGGGGACGGGCAAGAAUUUCGUCAGUAAGAUUGUGGCGGAAAGCCUUUACGAUGAAGGCCUCAAGAGCAAAUACGUACACCAGUUUGUGUCUACUUUGCACUUCCCACAUCAGCAGAACAUCAGUCAGUACAAGGACCAAAUGCAAAUGUGGAUUCGUGGCAACGUGAGUUCCUGUGCAAGGUCGAUCUUCAUAUUUGACGAGAUGGACAAAAUGCACGCUGGACUCAUAGACUCCAUUAAGCCUUUCCUGGAAUAUUAUGAAGAAAUAGAUGGCAUAUCGUAUCGAAAAGCGAUUUUCAUCUUCCUCAGCAAUGCAGGAGCUGAAAAAAUAACCGAAGUGGCAAUCGACCAUUGGAAGAAUGGAAAGAAGAGGGAAGAGCUGCCUCUCCAUAUUUUGCAACAGACAUUGUCGAAUUCUGUGUUUAAUAACAAAAAUAGUGGAUUUUGGCACAGCAACCUGAUCGACCGAAAUGUCAUCGAUUACUUUAUUCCCUUCCUGCCUCUCGAAAUCAGCCAUGUGAAAAUGUGCAUCAGGGCUGAAUUGGAAUUGCGGGGCCACCCCGUCAACGAAGCCGUGGUCUCACGGGUGGCCGAUGAGAUGACCUAUUUCCCCAAAGAGGAGCGGAUCUAUUCCGACAAAGGGUGCAAGACAGUUUACACAAAAUUAGAUUUCUAUUACGACGUCUAAAAUCGUUUUCUGCUUGCAACUUCAGAGAAGGGGAAAAAAACGAACCUAUUCAGAGGACUCAAAGGAGAAACCAAACACUUUCUUUCUUC